AAGCAGAGCUAAGACAGGCAGCUGUAUGAGAGCGCAUAGGAGAGAGACUUAAAGCUGCACAAAAAAGGUGGCCUUAGAGAGGACCCCAUCUGAAACUUUGGAAACUGAGGAUUAUCAGGAAACUCCAGAAGGACAAACAAACCUGCAACAUUUUACCCUUUCCCCUUUCUGAAACUGGACUACCCUGCACUGCUGCACACAUUUCCUUCAGCGUUUUUGACCUUUGAGCGCCCCGACAGAGAGAAAGGAGAGGAGAGGAGGGAGGCUUGUCCACCAUGAAUGUCACCUCGCUCUUCUCCUUCACUAGCCCAGCGGUCAAACGGCUCCUUGGUUGGAAGCAGGGCGACGAGGAGGAGAAAUGGGCAGAAAAGGCCGUAGACGCUCUGGUAAAGAAACUGAAAAAGAAGAAGGGAGCCAUGGAGGAGCUGGAAAGGGCUCUCAGCUGCCCGGGUCAGCCCAGUAACUGUGUGACCAUCCCUCGCUCCCUGGACGGAAGGCUGCAGGUGUCCCAUAGGAAAGGUCUGCCUCAUGUCAUCUACUGCCGGGUGUGGCGCUGGCCUGACCUGCAGUCCCACCAUGAGCUGAAGGCCCUCGAGUGCUGCGAGUAUCCCUUCGGCUCCAAACAGAAGGAUGUGUGUAUCAACCCCUACCACUACAAGAGAGUGGACAGUCCAGUGCUGCCUCCUGUGUUGGUACCUAGGAACAGCGAGUUCAAUGCCAAGCAUACAAUGUUGCCACGCUUCCGCAAUCCUCUUCAGCAGAACGAGCCGCACAUGCCCCAGAAUGCCACCUUCCCAGAAUCCUUUGCCCAGGCCAACACAAUGCCCUUCCCCCAUUCGCCAGGGAACAGCUACCCGAACUCACCCGGGAGCGGCAGCAGCGCCACCUUCCCGCAUUCACCAACCAGUUCUGACCCAGGCAGUCCAUUCCAGAUGCCAGAGACACCCCCUCCAGCCUACAUGCCCCCAGAGGAGCAGAUGACUCAGGACUGCCCCCAGCCAAUGGACACCAACCUCAUGGCUCCACCCUUGCCCUUAGAGAGCAAUAACAGGCCAGAUGUGCAGCCUGUUGCCUAUGAGGAACCCAAGCACUGGUGUUCCAUUGUUUACUACGAGCUCAACAACCGCGUUGGAGAGGCGUUCCAGGCUUCCUCCACCAGCGUGCUUGUCGAUGGCUUCACAGACCCCUCCAACAACCGCAACCGGUUCUGCCUCGGCCUGCUCUCUAACGUCAACCGCAACUCCACCAUUGAGAACACCCGGCGGCACAUCGGCAAAGGUGUCCAUCUGUAUUACGUCGGUGGGGAAGUGUAUGCAGAAUGUCUGAGUGACAGCAGUAUCUUCGUCCAGAGUCGUAACUGUAACUACCACCAUGGGUUCCAUCCCACAACCGUGUGUAAGAUCCCCAGCGGCUGCAGCCUGAAAAUUUUCAACAAUCAGGAGUUUGCUGAGCUGCUGGCCCAGUCUGUCAACCACGGCUUCGAGGCCGUCUACGAGCUCACCAAGAUGUGCACCAUCCGCAUGAGCUUCGUCAAGGGCUGGGGUGCAGAGUACCACCGCCAGGAUGUGACCAGCACACCUUGCUGGAUUGAGAUUCAUCUGCACGGCCCGCUGCAGUGGCUGGACAAGGUGCUAACCCAGAUGGGCUCCCCCCACAAUCCUAUUUCCUCUGUGUCCUAGACUAAACUGUCCUCAGCCCCGCGGCUGUCCAUACCCCAGCAUUUUGGUUCAAGUAGCGAGAAUAGGGGUCAGCUGGUCCGAGAUUGGUAUAGUGGUUUAGCCAAUCCACAUUUUCCAAUGCCUGAUAGCGGUUUUGACUGAAACACAAGCUGAUCUGGGACCAGCAGGAUUGGGUGGGUUGUUAAAUGGGUUGGUUUGUACACUACUUGAAGGAUGUCUGAAUUGGGCACAUUUACAGACUGGGAGAGGGGUAAGCAAAGUGAGCGUGAUGCAACUGGAAGAUACUUGAUCUUUGUGACCAACUGUAAUAAUUAGACCAUCGCACUCAUCAUAAUGCAAGUAUCCUCCCUGAUCUUGCUCCCACAGUUUCUCUUUUUUCAUUGUUCUAUUAUUCCCUCAUAUACCUACUUUGCUUCUUCGUAUUUCCUUGGAAGUCCAGAUUUACAUGUGUAGUUACAGUAAUUAUGGGACAUUCCAGGUCACCUAAAUUGCAGUCACCUGCUAGAUCUGACUGUGCCUGCUGUCUGCUGCCUGACUGCAAUGGGGUUGGCAUGAAAUGUAAUAAGGAUGUGUACAGAAUUAGCAGGGGCUUGGAGGAUGACCAGUAUGACUGAAAUUUUUAAAUCAUCUCCAGAUACUGAGAUCAGUAUGCAUAAAUGUCUCCUAGAAGUGUUGUUUUUUAGGUUUGGCAAAAUAAAUCAAAGCUGUUACGAGGUCCGAAUAUUAAGUCAAAAUGAUAAUCCCAUAAUGGCAAAAAUUUAAAAAUAUUGGGAGGGCAGAAUUAGGGAGAGUUUGAGAGUUAAGGGUGGGGGUUUAGUGUGGGACAUGGCACUAAAAAAAGUCUAAUGUUUAAAUGUUGCUCAUCUUGUGUUACACUCGUGUUCAACUGAAUUUUAUGAAAAAAAGAAAAAGAAAAAAAAGAAUAGUGUUUAGAUAUAUUCACCAUUAGAGUAUGUGAUGUGCAGUCUGGUUUUGCAAAGCGUAGUUUGGUUAGUGUAGUGUUACACAUUUAAGGCUGGUAGCUGAAAAUGACACCAAGCAGAGGCAAAUACAAGUGCAGUUCAGUUUGUCCCUUGCUGUAUAUGCUACAGCAGAAUAAAACAUGUCAAAUACAAAGUCACAUUGAGGAUAUAAAUAUUUCAGUGGCUAUGCUUCAUUCUCUUAUUACAUUGACUCAGCAAAACUUGCUAAAAGACUGUUAGGGUGGGAAAAAAAUCAUGUUUUUGCUUGAGCAUACAAAAUUUUAAAAUUGUUGACUGAAUAAAAGGUAGCUAUCAGUUACUGAUGGUCCUAAUAUGAUGUUUUUUAUAAAAUGCAGAUUUUGCCAUUCAAUUCUUUUAUGCUUUGAGCAAUCCUGUUUGCUAUUAAACCGUUAUAUUCUUUAUAUUCUUUUUGUAUUUUUGAACAUGUUUUCUGAUUUUUUUUUUCAUUUGUCUGCACUUUCACACAUUGCCUCUUUGUUUUGUUUUGUUUUGUUUUUGUUUUUUUCCUUUUUUUCUGUUUUGGCUCAGUAGAACUCCCAGAAAAGCAGUUUUAUUCCAUGAAUAUCAAGUCUCUACUGGAAGAUUCAAUAAAUUUGUUUCAUUACUUGCAA